AUGGACGACGGGAGCCCUAUGACCUUCUCUGGUCCCGGUACUUCGACGAAACUCCCCAGCGAUGUUGUGAAGCAAUUCUUUGAUCUCGACAAAUAUCAGAGAGUUAUGGAACGCUUGGACUCCGGAGCGAGCCCUGUUGUCGAUGAUGCCUUCGGGUUUGACAGCGGCUACAAGCAGCAAGCCCUUGAUUUCCCACGGAACCGCCUACAGGAUCGCCGCAGACUAUCCAACUUUGACGACUGGGAGGCGCCAACACGACCAGGCCGCAAGAGACCACGAGCACGCCACCCCAUCAAUGACGAGGAAGAGAUGCCCAUGACUGUCUCGACAACGCUCAAGGGCAUCAAGAUCGGUAACUCGGAGGAUGUCUGGAACUUUUACGAACAACGAUUCAAGAACUGUCAGCAAACUGCCUGCAAACUGAUCGCCAAAGCAUGGGUGAAGGCCGUGGAGCCAAAGAAGCAGUCGACGCACCCCUACACGGGCAGUGAUGAGAAAGCUCCUGACUGGUGGCCUAAGCCAUGGGGUCCUACCAAGGAGGAUAAAGUUCAGCGAGUGCAUCUUCUCAACCACAUCCUCAGGAUGAUUGUGGAGCCCAACAGCAGACAGCAUCCAGACAUCCAGAAGCUGAAUCUCAACGUCAAGAAGCUUGAAGAGAUUACGAUUGAAGCACUGUCGGGUUUCUUUGCCGACAAGGAGAACCCGGCCAACGCGAGGAAGCGUCCGUACUUGACCGAGAUCUUCAAGGUGGCUAAGCAAGAGGAACGAUACAAGAAUGAUGAAAUUGAUGGAACGAUGGAGAUAUAUGUGAUGGCGGACGACAAGAUCCCCGAGACGUACGCAUCAGGAAACGACGACGAGGGGUCCAUCCCUAAGGACGAGGAGGAUCAGGACGCGCCAUCAACCAAGCUCUCGACAGUGCAUGGGCUUAUGCCAUCCUCGACGAGCCACAGCCACAGUUCUGGUCCGUCGCUGCAUGGAACACCCUUCCUUGACAACCUGCCGGUGCGAGGCAACCAGUACCCUUCUUCUAUGAUGGCAGAGAUGCCACAGGAGCAGCACACGUUCGUUGAGGGCAAUAACCUGCCCGUCAACAGUCAGUCCUCAGUUCAUUCGACGGGAGGAAGUCUCGCUAUGGAUAUGGGUGUACCUCCUCCAGCCCAUGAUUCAGGCCGCCGCUCUUCCAUCUUUAGCGCUCCAGCAGAGUACGGAGGACAGAACGGAUCGACCAUGUAUGCGCAACAGUGGCAGCAGCCCGGCUCCACGGCGCCCAACGCAUCGUCCAUGUACACGUUUACGCAGCAGCCAGCCAACCCCUCUGCAUCAGCAUUUGUGAACCCGUCGGUUCCCAUGAACCAGACGCAGCCGUACAUGGGUGCGUCGUUUGACGGACUCCCGCGCGGAUACGAUCCGAACCAACCUCCGAUAUUCCGCUCCGGGGCCGUACCACACCCUCCGCAGGUACACGCCACGCAGGGCUACGACUACAUGGCCCACGACAACCGAGGGCUUCCCGGCGUGAAAGUUGACGAUGUGCCACGAAACCCGAUGCACUAGCUGCGACAUAAGCGUGUACGACACGGCUAUUGUAGCCAACGCUCUUUGAUGACGCAGCUUCUCUUCGGUCUUGGGAUACACUUGCUUUUCUUAUAUCUAUAUAGAUUACGCAUGACGAAGGACCUGGUCAGACAGCACAGGUUAUUCAAAGACAGACCGGACGUGGAACCACGGGCAAUAUCGAUAUCCCUCUCGGCCCGGGUUUCAACGCCGGCUCCAGGCACGGCGGAAUUUCUCGAUUGCUUCAGACGACGGGCGCUCUUCUAUUGUCUUGCCCACAUCCAUGACUCGAUACCCCAAACGAUAUACUUGAAACAAAAACCUCGGGGCGGCUUGCUUGAUUUUUGCGAACUACAGCGGCAUUUUGCAUCAUAUCAUUAUCACAUCAUAUCACAUACUUGGUUUGAUCUUGGUUGUCUUGUAUUUCUGUGGAGGUCUUUCCUUGGCUCUCUUUCUACGGCGGGUUGGCAUAACGGAUGGAGUGUGUUCCGUUGCUCAACAAGGGGGAAUGUGUGCGUACGAACAGUGCAACUCGAUGCCAAGCUUGGUGUCUGUUAGGACCUUGCCACUUGGCUGAUGACUUCGCUUGGCUUCAACUCAAGCGAGGACCUAUUGGCGAAUGGAUCAAGGGGUUAUUUUCUUUGAUGUUGACGACUAGAAACGCGACGACGAUUUGAUGGCGGCGAACGUAUUUGUCAUUGGCUAUUCUUCUGCUCUUGCUCGUUUACGCUCGAUAAGCACAAAGGAUACGAGUAUAGAGUUUCUUUUGAGUGGACGCUGUUUGGUUUUCUCAUCUUUCGAACUGGCUCCGUAUCCUCUCUUUGUCCUCUUCACACGUUUCCAAAGGCAGUGGAGAGUGGCUACAGGAGUGGAUGUUGGACCAUCAGAUCAGGUUUCAGCCUGCGCUCACUUUCAUUCUGGUGCGAGUCGGAUGUGUGCUCUUGGUGGCCUAAGAGCCGUCACGCUGUGCUUGUGCGGAAAGUUGGAGAGAUGGGGGAGGUUGAUGGGAAGACAACAAGUUGUAUGCUAGGUGUGUGUAUGAUUGGGAUGACCAAUCAGACACCUGUGUGGAUAUUCGAAAGGAACUUGAACGAAAGCUCAAAUGCAGAAAAAAAGGGGUUAGGGACAGUCAGUGACCAUGAUGAUAGCUGUAGGCUUGAUAGGACCUAAUUGUAAGCGUUUGAACGC